GGAGAAUGACGAAUUGCAAGACCUGGAGGCGAUACGCGAUAAGAUUCUCAGCAGCCCGCGUGGCGAGCAUAUGCAAAUGAGCGCCUGGGAGGACGACGAUGACGGUGUGGAGGCGGAACGUAAUGCGAAAGCGUAUCUUUGUGCCUCCAGAACCUGAUGCAAAGGCGAUACUGAGCGCUGCCGAGGAGGGAAAUCUGGCGAGAAUUAGGAAAUUACUGAGCAAAGACCGUCUCUUACUGGACUGCACGGAUAAGGACGGCUAUACUCCGCUUCACAGGGCGUGUUACGGCAAUAAUGUGGCAGUUGUGGAGUAUCUACUUGAAGCUGGAGCGAAAAUAGACGCUAAAACUCAAGACGAAUGGCAACCUUUGCACUCUGCGUGCUGUUGGAACAACACGGAAUGCGCCGAGACCUUAAUCGCAAACGGAGCGGACAUUAAUGCAAAAAGCAAGGGUGAUCAGACACCUCUACAUCUGGUUUCCGCUAGUUCGCACAACUCCCCGGCCCUUCAGCUUCUUCUACUGCAUCCCGACACGAAUCCCUACCUGGUUAACUCGAGCGGAGAUACCGCAGAUCAGAUUGCGAGGAGGACGACAAAGUAUUAUCCUAUGUACGAAAUAAUUGAGCCUUGCUUAAAUGAGAUUUAAGAUUAGUAUGACGUUAAGUUGACGAAUUUCGGAGUACCGUUGCUGAGACGCUUAGAUCCCUCCCAAAUGAGAACGGUGGAGUCUU